AUCACUCUCACAGUCUCACUGAGUCACUGACACUCUAGCUAGGGUUUAUCUCCUUCUUCUUCUUCUUCAGGAGCUCCCUGAAAAACCCUAGCCCUCAAAAUCCCCAAACAACAAAUGCCUCGAAACGACGACGUUCGGUUCACUUCGUCGUCUCUGAAAAUCCCUCUCAAUCCUCCAAAACCCUCGCCUUUCAAUUUCCCGUUCGGCUCCCAUAUCGCGAAGACCCGAAACUCGCUCGCUCAGCUCGUCGACUCGGUCAAGACUCGCUCCGAGUUCAAGCAAUUCAAUUUCUCUCGUUUCUGGAACCGCCUGGCCGAGUCGACUCACUUCGCGUUUCCGUCUCGGGAUCGGCGAUCGGCGUCGUCGAUAGGGCGAUCGUCUCUCCUCUGCUCGGCGUCGCUGUCUUUAACUCGGUCCGCCGAGUCGGCUCAGUCCGAGGACAAGAAGAAUGAGAGAUUGUUGUUUAUACCGAAGUCGGCGCUUCUCUGUUCGGCUUCGUUGGCUCUGACUCGAGCCGCCGACGAGUCUUCUUCUUCUUCUCAGAAGGGGCUGAAUCCUAGCCGGAGCGAUGAGGAGAGGGUGUUGAUCAGUGAAGUGCUGGUGAGGAACAAGGAUGGGGAGGAGCUCGAGAGGAAGGACUUGGAAAUGGAGGCAUUGCAGGCGCUGAAGGCGAGCCGAGACAACUCGGCACUCACUGUGCGCGAGGUUCAAGAGGAUGUGCAUAGGAUCAUAUACAGUGGAUACUUCCAGUCGUGUAUUCCAGUGGCGAUGGACACGCGUGAUGGCAUCAGAUUGGUGUUUCAGGUAGAACCAAACCAGGAGUUCCAAGGGUUGGUAUGUGAUGGAGCUAAUGUUCUUCCAGCCAAGUUUCUAGAGGAUGCUUUCCGUGAUGGAUAUGGAAAAGUGAUUAAUCUCAGGCGUUUGGAUGAAGCAAUAACUUCCAUUAAUAAUUGGUACUCAGAGCGGGGCUUUUUUGCCUUGGUUUCAGAUGUUGAGAUUUUCUCUGGAGGUAUUCUUAGGUUGCAAGUUUCUGAAGCUGAGGUCAAUAAUAUCUCCAUACGUUUCCUUGAUAGAAAGACUGGUGAGCCAACUACGGGGAAGACAAAGCCCGAAACAAUACUUCGGCAACUUACAACCAAGAAGGGACAGGUCUACAGUAUUCUUCAAGCAAAAAGAGAUGUAGACACUGUAUUAACUAUGGGAAUCAUGGAAGAUGUUAGCAUUAUUCCCCAGCCUGCAGGUGAUACUGGUAAGGUUGAUAUGGUAAUGAAUGUUGUUGAGCGUCCAAAUGGAGGUUUCUCUGCUGGAGGUGGAAUAUCAAGUGGGAUUACGAGUGGCCCUCUAUCAGGACUCAUUGGAAGCUUUGCAUACUCUCAUAGAAAUGUUUUUGGAAGAAGCCAGAAACUCAAUAUUUCUUUAGAGAGGGGCCAGAUUGACUCAAUAUUCCGUAUAAACUACACAGACCCAUGGAUUGAAGGAGAUGACAAGCGGACAUCCAGAACAAUAAUGGUUCAGAAUUCAAGGACCCCUGGAACUCUUGUUCAUGGUGACCAACCUGCUGGUAGAAGCCUGACCAUUGGCCGUGUCACAGCUGGUAUAGAGUUCAGUCAACCAAUCAGGCCAAAGUGGAGUGGAACAUCAGGACUUUUUUUUCAGCAUGCUGGUGUUUAUGAUGAAAAUGGAUUUCCUGUUAUCAAGGAUCAUCUCAGCAGUCCGCUUACUGCAAGUGGCAAAAUCCAUGAUGAUAUGCUGCUUGCUAAAUUUGAGAGUGUUUACACUGGAUCUGGUGAUCAUGGUUCUUCAAUGUUUGCAGUCAGCAUGGAACAGGGACUUCCUGUUUUGUCCGAGUGGUUGUCUUUCAAUAGAGUAAAUGCUCGUGCCAGGAAGGGUGUAGAAAUCGGUCCUGCUCGCCUUCUUUUAAGUUUGUCUGGUGGUCAUGUGGUGGGUAAUUUCCCUCCACAUGAAGCCUUUGCCAUUGGUGGAACAAACAGUGUUCGAGGUUAUGAAGAAGGUGAUGUGGGCUCUGGUCGAUCCUAUGCUGUUGGUUCUGGAGAAAUGUCUUUCCCCAUGUUGGGGCCAGUAGAGGGAGUUUUUUUUGCUGACUAUGGAACAGAUCUUGGAUCAGGCCCAACUGUGCCGGGUGAUCCUGCUGGAGCAAGGCUGAAGCCUGGAAGUGGAUAUGGAUAUGGGUUUGGCAUCCGAGUUGACUCGCCAUUGGGCCCUCUACGUCUUGAAUAUGCAUUCAAUGACAAACAUGCCAAGAGAUUUCACUUUGGGGUUGGUCAUCGGAACUAACGUCCUUUUUGUAUUCUAAUACAUUCUCUGUUGGAUGCUACCUGCAAUUGUUCUUCUCUCUUAUUUUUAUUAAUUUUUUUAAUAUAUAACUAAAUUAUAAUAUUCUUUUGUUGUAGAGGCCUAGAGUUGCAAGUAUAUUUUUGUUUUGUUUUGUUAUCUCAUCAUUUUCAACAUUGAAUGCCUCCUUGGAUUGCUUCCCAUCUUUCCCGCAAUCACAUGGAUGCAUUUCUUCUUGUAUAAGUUGAAUUUUAUCCAUUUUUUUAUGUUGGAAAACUUGGUCUAA